CUUGGGGAGCCAUCCCCGGUGUCCCAGGGAGCCGGGGAGGCGCGUCCCCGCGGCUGGGCAGCGUCCCAUUGGUUUCCCGCCUCGUACGGUACCCGCCUCUUCGGUCGCUCAUUGGUUUUGAGAUUCCAUGGUGGGUGGGCCUUGGCUGGAGCCUCCACUUGAUCCGCGAUCCCCACCCCGCUGCCCCCGCCACCGGUUUUUAGAACCGAAAGCUGCCAUGCGUUCCGGGAGCCGCGGGCGGCCUCGGCCCCGGCUCGGCGAUCGCGGCGUCAUGGCGCCCAGUUCCCCGCUCAAGCGCCGGCUGCUUCCGCGUGCCCAGCUGCUGCCGCUGCUGCUGCUGGCGUUGGCCUUGGGCUCGGCUUUCUACACGCUCUGGAGCGGCUGGCACCGCCGGACCGAGGCGCUGCCACGGGGCCAGGAGCUGCGGAGCCCGCAGGUCGGAAGUCUGCCUGAAGCCCGGCUGCGGAGGGUGGUGGGGCAGCUGGACCUGCAGCGGCUGUGGGGCAAUUAUCUGCACCCACUGCUCAUUGUGAGGCCUCCAGGCACUCCUGGCAAUCUCCAAGUCAGGAAGUUCCUGGAGGCCACGCUGCGGACCCUGGAGGCCGGCUGGCAUGUGGAGUUGGAUCCCUUCACGGCCUCCACGCCCCUGGGAACCCUGGACUUCGGCAACAUCGUGGCCACACUGGACCCAGGGGCCGCUCGUCACCUCACCCUCGCCUGCCACUACGACUCGAAGCUCUUUCCUCCCGAGGCAGCCCCAUUCGUGGGCGCCACGGAUUCUGCCGUGCCCUGUGCCCUGCUCCUGGAGCUAGCCCAGGCCCUUGACCCAGAGCUAAGCAGGGCCAAGGAACAGGCAGCCCCUGUGACCCUGCAACUGAUGUUCCUGGACGGCGAGGAGGCGCUGAAGGAGUGGGGGCCCAGGGAUUCCCUGUAUGGAUCUCGACACCUGGCCAAGCUCAUGGAGUCCAUGCCCCAUAGUCCCGGCCCCACCAGGAUCCAGGCCAUCGAGCUCUUUGUACUUCUGGAUCUCCUGGGAGCCCCAAACCCAACCUUCUACAGCCACUUCCCUCGCACCAUCCGCUGGUUCCAUCGGCUCAGGAGCAUCGAGAAGCGUCUACACCGGCUGAACCUGCUGCAGUCGCAUCCCGAGGAAGUGAUGUACUUCCAGCCCGGGGAGCCCCCCGGCUCGGUGGAGGACGACCAUAUCCCCUUCCUCCGCAGAGGGGUUCCGGUGCUCCAUCUCAUAGCCACGCCCUUCCCCUCCGUGUGGCACACCCCUGCCGACUCCGAGGCCAAUCUCCACCCGCCCACCAUUCACAACCUCAGCCGCAUCCUGGCCGUGUUCCUGGCUGAAUACCUGGGCCUCUAGCCUGGCAGACAGCAGUGACCCAAGGGCAGACCCAGCUCCAAGGGAGCAGCGACCAGCAAGGGGGACCUGCCGAGGGCAACGGACCCGGGAAGUCUCUUCUACAACUGCUGAUGCUGUGACCAGAAAUCUCCUCCCCGCUGACUACCUCAGCUCCACCCUCCCAGGACGGGGAAGAGACCGUGGAGGAAGAAGAGGAAGAAGCUAUCCCUUCCCAGAGGUCAAUACUGGAUGUGAAGGUUGGCGGGGACCCAGUGCUGUUCUUGGCAUCGCUGGCCACAGACCAGACCAGCAGCACCUUGCCAGCCAAUGGACGCUCUGAUUUGCAUCUCGUGUACCGUCUGCCCAUCUGUCCUCCCAAACAGCAGCUGUGUUGCUGCUGCAGUCCAAACCCAGCACCCAAGUGGGGUCUACAGGGCAUGUGUUGCGCCCAGGAGCAGAGGAGAUGGGCACCAGGAGAAGGAUCCGAGAGCCAACAAAUGGGGCGAGAGGACAUGAAAUGUUUCGCCAGCUGGUGCUGCUCUGUACAAACUGGAAACUCCCGGUCCUGUUUCAGUCCUCCAGGGAGGGCCCAGGGCUCGUCAAGCGAACACCUGAGCUACCGUUUGGGCUGUGCCAUCCUUAGGGA